CACACACAUGCACACAGUUGAACCAUCCAGAAUAAUGAAGAAAGCUCAUCGUCAGAAAUCUCAGAGAUUAUGGGCAAAGGUGGUGAUGAGAAAGUGGUUGAACAUAAGUGGUAGAGAUCCUGAGUAUGGUGCUGAUAGUGAAGACGACUCCGAAAACGAAGAGGUUCGUCAAGAUAAUGAUGUUGAUGAUGAUUCUAGCUCCGAUGAAGAAGGUGGUAGAGAAUCGAGCUCGAAGGGAAGAGAACCAAAGGUUGUUUGUGAGAACGCGGAGGACGCCAUCGCCGCGGCUUCGGCUACUGUAGACGCAGCCGCAGCCGCUGCGGAGUUUAUAAGCAAUGAUGCUCCAAUGAAGUUACGAAGAAGGAAUUCUGAAACAUUGAGAGCACAGUACAUUAACAACAAAGAAAUAAGAGUAUGUGUUGGUACGUGGAACGUUGGAGGAAUCUCACCACCAUCUGAUCUUGACAUCGAUGACUGGAUUGAAAUUAAUCAACCUGCUGAUAUCUACGUUCUUGGUUUACAAGAGAUUGUACCUUUGAAUGCUGGCAACAUUCUUGGAGCGGAAGAUGAUCGUCCUGUUGCCAAAUGGGAAGAAGUCAUUAGAGAAGCUUUAAACAGAGUUAGACCAAAACUCUCUAAUGUUAAGAGUUACAGUGAUCCACCAUCCCCGGGGAGAUUUAAACCUUUUGAGGAAACACAUGAUGUUAUAGAGGAGGAAGUAGCUUUCGAGAGUGAUAGCGAUGUUGGUGUUGAGAUUCAUCCCAUUGACGAGGAAGAAGAAGAGGAAACCGAUAGGCUCUGGGCGCUAAAACAUGACGGUGGAGUUAUCGGUGAGGUCAACACUCUUGUCGAUCCGAAUAAUGGCUCUCCCGUUGUUGAGAUCAAGAGACAGUUCACGUCUCCGAAGAAGCUAGACAGACAAAUCUGUUUACGUGUUGAUGAUAGCUUUUCGGGGGUGAACAACGAGGAUUCUACUCAAAAUGAUAUGAAAACGCUUAACCGGAUAUUAAGUGGGAAAGAACGGAUCGGUUUGAGCUGGCCUGAGGCACCGUUGAACAUGUUAGGACCCUUGUCUGUUCUCGAUAGGCAGCCAUCAAUAAAGAUAGCUAAGGAGAGGACAAACAAUGAGGAUUCUUCUGAAACCGGUAUGAGAACGUUAAAUCGGAUGUUAAGUGGGAAAGAACGGAUCGGUUUAAGCUGGCCCGAGCCGCCUUUGAACAUGCUAGGACCGUCUUGCGUUCUUGAUAGACAGCCGUCCAUAAAGACAACGAAGUCUUUAAGAACAGCAAAGUCUUUCAAGGCUUACAGUUCGUUUAAGUCUGUGGCCGGAAGCAACAAUGGGAUUCCGGAGGAGGUAUUGGCUCUAGCGGAAAUGGACCUCAAGUUGCUAAUGGAGAGGAAACGUAGACCGGCGUAUGUGAGGCUAGUGAGUAAACAAAUGGUUGGGAUUCUUUUGACCAUUUGGGUUAAACGAAGCCUGCGAAAACACAUUCAAAACGUACGAGUCUCUACCGUUGGAGUUGGCGUAAUGGGAUAUAUUGGUAACAAGGGAGCUGUGUCUGUGAGCAUGUCCAUAAACCAGACGUUCUUCUGUUUCAUAUGCACUCAUUUGACGGCAGGAGAAAGAGAGGUUGAUCAGAUCAAGAGGAAUGCUGAUGUACACGAGAUACAUAAAAGAACAGUCUUCCACUCUGUCUCAGCUCUUGGACUUCCCAAGCUUAUCUAUGAUCACGAAAGAAUAAUUUGGUUAGGAGAUCUCAACUAUAGGCUUAAUUUAUCAUAUGAGAAAACUAGAGACCUCAUUUCCAAGAGAGAAUGGUCCAAGUUACUUGAAUAUGAUCAGCUGGUAAAGGAAUACAGGAAAGGUCGAGCAUUUGACGGAUGGUCAGAAGGGACUCUACAUUUUCCACCAACCUAUAAGUACCAAGCGAAUUCCGAUGAGUACACGGGGAAUGAUGGAAAGGCGCCAAAGAGAACACCAGCUUGGUGUGACAGAGUACUAUCCUAUGGGAAAGGAAUGAGGUUGGUUCAUUACCGGAGAACCGAGCAGAAAUUCUCAGAUCAUCGUCCGGUUACCGCGAUAUACAUGGCUGAAGUGGAGGUGUUUUCUGCUAGAAAGCUUCAGCGAGCGUUGACAUUCACGGAUGCAGAGAUUGAAGACGAGAGACUUGUGGCCGUUCUCGUUUAAAAAGAAGAAGAGAUUUCGUGGUGCAUGUUUGUGUUUGAUCUUGCAUAUAAUAUGCAUAUGAAGUAUUGGCGAAAGAGGCAUUCUCUUUCUACGGAUAGGUUUUUGAAUCUCAUGUCGUUUAUACUGAUGCAUCACACUGAGAAACGUCUACAUUCUUAUAUAGUUUUAUCUUUUUCCUCUUUUUGUGUGUUGGUUUUACAGUUGUAAAUUUAGUUGAUAUAUAAUGAAAUCAAGCAUAUUUUACAUCCAUUAA